AUGUUCCUCAGAGGUGUGGAUGCAGGUGCCACAGCCCACGAGUCAGCAGAAAUGUCCUUGCCCACGGACAUACGCCUGGGUUUGAAGACAUACCUGAUAUCGGGUCAGAGAGCCAAGGAGUCCCACUGCAGCUGUGCAGAGGCCCUGCUUUCUGGCUUUGAGGUCAUUGACGACUCACGGGUGUCCUCAGGCCCUAGGGGACAGGGGACAGCAUCGCCAGGGAGUGUCAGUGACUUGGCGCAGACUGUCAAAACCUUUGAUAACCUUAAGACUUGCCCUUCUUGUGGAAUCACAUUUGCUCCCAAAUCUGAAGCUGGUGCAGAAGGAGGAGCUGUACAAAAUGGCUGUCAAGACGAGCCUAAGACCAGCACCAAGGCUUCUGGAGGAUCCAACUCCAAAACCCAGAACGGACUCCUGAGCCCUCCUGCAGAGGAGAAGCUCACCAACAGUCAGACCUCCCUCUGUGAGAUCCUGCAGGAGAAGGGACGGUGGGCUGGUGUGAGCUUGGACCAGUCAGCCCUCCUCCCACUCAGGUUCAAGAACAUCCGUGAGAAAACUGAUGCCCACUUUGUUGAUGUCAUCAAAGAAGACAGCCUAAUGAAAGAUUAUUUCUUCAAGCCACCCAUCAAUCAGUUCAGCCUGAACUUCCUGGAUCAGGAGCUGGAGCGAUCCUACAGAAGCAGCUACCAGGAGGAGGUCAUAAAGAAUUCUCCUGUGAAGACUUUCGCCAGUGCAACCUUCAGCUCCCUUCUGGAUGUGUUUCUGUCAACCACGGUGUUCCUGAUUCUCUCCAUCACCUGCUUCCUAAAGUAUGGAGCCACCGCCACCCCUCCCCCACCGGCUGCCCUGGCCGUCUUUGGUGCAGACCUGCUGCUGGAGGUGCUUUCCCUCAUAGUGUCCAUCAGAAUGGUGUUUUUCCUAGAGGAUGUCAUGACAUGCACAAAGCGGUUGCUGGAAUGGAUCGCUGGCUGGCUCCCUCGCCACUGCAUUGGAGCCAUGUUGGUGUCACUUCCUGCCCUGGCUGUCUAUUCACACAUCACCUCUGAGUUUGAGACCAACAUACAUUUCACCAUGUUCACUGGCUCUGCAGUGCUGGUGGCCGUUGUACACUACUGUAACUUCUGCCAGCUCAGCUCCUGGAUGAGGUCCUCCCUCGCCACCGUUGUGGGGGCUGGGCCGCUGCUUCUGCUCUACAUCUCCCUGUGCCAGAACAGUUCCAUUGUGAUGCCCCCCUUGGACUCAGCACAGAAUUUCAGUGUCGAGAGGAGCCCAUGCAACAUCUCGGUGCUGCAGGACAGCAGGAGCCUGGCCAGCUUCAUAGGCAACGAGUUCAUCCUCGCCUUCUUCCUCCUGCUCCUCUUGGUCUGGUUCCUGAACCGGGAGUUCGAGGUCAGCUACCGGCUGCACUACCAUGGGGACGUGGAGGCAGACCUACACCGCACCAAGAUCCAGAGCAUGAGAGACCAGGCUGACUGGCUGCUUCGGAACAUCAUCCCCUACCACGUGGCUGAGCAGCUCAAGGUCUCGCAGACCUACUCCAAGAACCAUGACAGCGGAGGAGUGAUCUUUGCCAGCAUUGUCAACUUCAGUGAAUUCUAUGAGGAGAACUAUGAGGGCGGCAAGGAGUGCUACCGGGUCCUCAAUGAGCUGAUAGGUGACUUCGAUGAGCUCUUGAACAAGCCAGAAUAUAACAGCAUCGAGAAGAUCAAGACCAUCGGGGCCACAUACAUGGCAGCAUCAGGGCUGAACACUGCCCAGUGUCAGGAGGGUGGCCACCCACAGGAGCAUCUGCGUAUCCUCUUCGAGUUCGCCAAGGAGAUGAUGCGCGUGGUGGAUGACUUCAACAACAAUAUGUUAUGGUUCAACUUCAAGCUCAGGGUCGGCUUUAACCACGGACCCCUCACGGCAGGUGUCAUCGGUACCACCAAGCUGCUAUAUGACAUCUGGGGGGACACGGUCAACAUCGCCAGCAGGAUGGACACCACUGGUGUUGAGUGCCGCAUCCAGGUGAGCGAAGAGAGCUACCGUGUGCUGAGCAAGAUGGGCUAUGACUUUGACUACCGAGGGACUGUGAAUGUCAAGGGAAAAGGGCAGAUGAAGACCUACCUUUACCCAAAGUGCACGGACAAUGGGGUGGUUCCCCAGCACCAGCUGUCCAUAUCCCCAGACAUCCGUGUCCAGGUGGACGGCAGCAUUGGGCGGUCUCCCACGGACGAGAUUGCCAACUUGGUGCCUUCUGUUCAGUAUUCGGACAAGGCUUCCCUGGGAUCCGAUGACAGCACGCAGACCAAGGAAGCGCACCUGUCCUCUAAGAGGCCCUGGAGAGAGCCAGUCAAAGCAGAGGAAAGGUUUCGAUUUGGCAAAGCCAUAGAAAAGGACGACUGUGAAGACACGGGAGUAGAAGAGGCCAAUGAACUCACCAAGCUCAACGUCUCAAAGAGUGUGUGAGGCAGCGUGGAGAGCUGCCGAGGUGCUCUGCCCGUCCAAACACAAUAAUAUCUGUAUCGAUAGGCUGUCGUGCUAUCUAGCACCUCAGUUUCUGUCCCCAGAUGUGGUGUCACGUGGUCAUUUCAGCCCUAAUCUCUGUGUGGAGCAGUUAUUCAGGGUUCAUUUCCACCCGUUUUGGUUUUUCCUUUACUCCCUUUCCGGAAGCCUUUUCCUGGAAGCCUGCCCCCAACCUGGGGGAUCCAUUCAGCAGUGUGGAGGGAUACAAGUGCCUCUUCAGGGUGUGGCCUUGCGUCUGGGGCUGAGGCCACUGGUGGAAUUAUGGCCCUGGGGAUUAUUUGACUUCUUUAAGAAAAAAAAAAAAAGGAAAAAAAAAAGCUGUGGUUAAAAUACCAUUUUUAUUGCCUUUUCUCACAAGUUUUUUUUUUCUCAUACAGUGUUCUCCAGUUUAUUUUUUCUAUAUAUGUAAUAGUAUUUUUCAGUCACCUGGCCUUUCUAAGCACAUACACGCACACAUACUUGCAUUUAGGAAUCUGACAUAAAGUGCCAGUAACUCACCUGGGGGAGGGGCUGUAAAAGGGAGCAGGGCUGGAAACUCAGCAAGCCCCCUCCUGGCAUCUCUCGGGUACCUGGGCCCACAUUCCUGUGGCCCACAAAUGGGCCUCUCCGCCCCCAACACUGGGCAGUUUCAGGGGCUCAUCUGCACGCAGGCCAAGAUUUCAUAUGCUCACCAGGCACAAAGCUUACAAACCAGGCCUCAGGAAUCUCAAAGCCGUGUUUUCAUCCCAACCCCCCACAGAGGGGUCUUCCAGCCAAGAGUGAAGAUGUUUGUCUCAGAAGCUGACCCAUUUGAGGGAGACGUUUAACCAUCUGAGGAUGCAUUUAUUUAUUUAUUUAUUUAUCAAAACAUGUGUAUUACGGGGAGGGGCCACUGGGUAGUUUUGGUGGAAGGAAGCAGUCAGGGAGUGGACAGGGCAGUUUGCAAAGGACACAGCCGACCAAUGACAAGAUGUCCCUCUGUGUUUCAUGUCUCAUCCACUGUGGCCCACAGUGCCACCCAGGGUGCUGCUCCCCCUUGUGGGGAUCCAGAGUAAAACUGGCUUGGCGCCAAGUAGGAUUCUGCAAACCUUUUGUCCCUUCCCCCCACUAUGCAGGCUGACUUGUGGUGAGAUUUGAUUCUGUCGGCCAAAUUCAGACAUGUGAAAGAGGUUUCUUAUGGUGCACCGAGGGACAGAGCCAUCUGUUUGCCAAAGGAGAUGCAGAAAGCCCGUCACAGAGACGGCGAUUCAAGUUCCUGGCUGCCAACCUUCUUGUAAUUGUGUUCUUCCAUGUUGAGUCUCAGGUUGACGCUGGAUGGAGCUCAGCUGCCCUGCCGCCAUCAUUUUUCCAGAUCACGCUGGUGUGCAGCUCAUGAGACAACUGAGGAAUAGCUCUGUGUCUGUUGGAGGUCUUCAUGCCAUGCCCUGUGGUGUGUUCUUCCACUGGUAAACGUCACUAUAUAGUUUUCACAUCUGAAUUAAGCCUGGUUUUCACUCCUCCCAAAAGAUGGAGAGAACCAGCUUAUGCUAGCAAGGUGACAUCUUAGUUCUAGUCAGCCACGUCCCGGGAGACACCUGGGAUAGCCACUAGAGCAGCAAAGCCAUGCCAAGACCCAGAGUGUUCUUAGUGACUGGAAGAUUUCCCGUCCCAGUUGGCUCCCUGUUGGUCUUCCAACUCGAAGAAAAGAUAAGUUGUGUCAAUACCUCUUGCUUCUGAAGAAUGUAUUCCUGUACAAUGCCACAGAUUUUCUUUUCUUAAAAACACUACCUGAUUCUUUCCUUGUGCUAGGGAUUUAGGGCAUGCUGGGGUCUCCUGCUGUCAGCUUUAGGGUGUGCUCAUCUGAGUGAGCACCAGUCUGCCCACCACCUCCAGGCUGCAUCACUUUGAGGAGCUAGCUAGUGGUCAGGGUUUUUGCAAUCUUGGUUCAAGAUGUGCUCUGCCAAGUUCAUCUCUUCCCACAUCUUCCCUCUCAGACUCUUUCUCUCUCUGCUACAGAGGUCUCUCUGAUUCUCUCCCGGCACACUCCCCACCCUAUACCUGCAGACCAGCUGGAGAGAAUCAUUAACCUUGAGCGGGUGGUCCGGUUCUGCAUUGUACAACUAGAGCCCUGGCUAAAGGGCAGCUCACACAGAUUGCAGUGGUCUUAAGAAACACCCUGAGCCUUCCUGAAGAACCAGUGCAGACAUUCUUCUUUCAGGGUGCAUGGCCCCUGGGGCCUUUCCAGCUCCCUGCCCUAAGCAUACCUCAGCACAGAACCACAGGCUCUCUGCAGCACACCUGCCACGCAGUUUGGUCUGUUGGCAUUGAACAAACAGCUGUUGCUGGUGACAGUUGGGCUUCUAGGCAGUGGACUCGAGUGUCCAUCAGGUGGCAAUACUUCUUAGGAACCUAGGGCAGGAAGCAAUACUCCAGAAAUGAAUGUGUGUAAAUAGUUGCUUUGCAUUGCGAGUGCCCUUUCCUUCUUGGCCCCAGCUCUGAUCAGUUUUAUACAUCUGUAUGAUCAAGCACACAUAAUUUUAUCCCACACAAAUGAACGUAGAGCAUCGAUUCUAAACCCUCAAACUGCUUGACGAGCCCCACAGAUGUACCACACCUGCGCAUGGCUCCCUCUGCCCUAACUUUACUUCUGGGACUGCACCUGCACAUUUGCACAUGACACGGUGAGCCAAAGGCAGUGUGCGACCAUCACCUGGGCUGUAGUCACUUGUAGUUUUCCAAAGAUAAGUCUGCAUUUGAAUUUCUUGAUUUUUUAAGGUAAGCAUUUUUUUUGAUUGGUUGUUUUAAAAAUCGCAUCAUGCCUAGAACCUGAAAUUAUAUUAGCAAGAACCAACUGUUUGUAUUUCCAUGUUUUCCUUUGCUCUGCUCUUUUUAAAUUGUUAAUUCUAAGAAUUUCAAAAUGCAUCCACUGAAAAAAAAAAGGAUAUUAAAAUGUUCUACAACUUAA